AUGACCCGUGGCAACCAGCGCGACAAGGCCCGUGAGGCUGCCCAGAAGAAGGCCGCAUCUCAGAAAAAGGGAAACACCAUGAGCGGUACCGAGAUGCAGCGCGCAAAGGAGUCUGCCGCUGAGAUUAUGCGGCAGAAGCAGGCUGCCGCUGAGGCCAAGAAGGCAGCGGAAGGAGCGGGAGGGUCGAAGAAGAAAUAG